CACUUGUCAAACGCAUAACCCGUGGGCGGAAUUUUUAUAGAAACCACCCAAUAUUCCCCGGAUUAUAAUCGAAUAUGAUCCGGUUUUCAGGGAACGCGCUGCGUGAUGUUAUUUUUAGAAACCAUCAACGCAGCCUCACCGGUCUAUACCAGAACCCUACACCAAGCCUGCCUCCUUCGUCCACCCCAUCACUGGACACAAACGACCUUCCUGGCACCAUCUCAAGCCAUGGGUUAACCAUGGGACAUAGCAUCAGGCACGCUAGCAGCGGAUCCAGAAAACGUCCCCCUGUACCUCCCCAUGCGUUCAAAGCGGACAGGCCAGGGGAAGUCAGGAAAUACUCCCCUUUCCACUACCCUGGACAGUCCACAGGAGAGUGGGUGGUGGCACGAGCUGACGAUAUCCUCAACUGGGGCCGCAAGAACUCCAUCUGGCCCCUGACCUUUGGGCUGGCUUGCUGCGCCCUUGAAAUGAUGCACUACGCUGCACCCAGAUAUGACAUGGACCGUUACGGCAUGGUGUUCCGAGGGACCCCUCGGCAGACAGACGUCAUUAUCGUGGCGGGUACUGUCACCAACAAGAUGGCGCCGAUCCUUAGGAAGACCUACGACAUGAUGCCCGAGCCUAGAUGGGUGGUGUCGAUGGGCAGUUGCGCUAACGGUGGUGGUUACUACCACUAUACUUACUCUACUGUUAGAGGAUGUGACAGGAUUGUACCCGUUGACAUUUACGUCCCUGGCUGCCCACCGACAGCAGAAGCGUUGCUGUAUGGGAUGCUCCUCCUCCAGAAGAAGGUGAAGAGAAUGAGAGUGGUUCAAGUUUGGUAUAGGCAUUGA